AUGAUGUUACACUUGCAAACUGAAGGAUGAAGCCAAUUUAAACUACAAAACAAGUGUAUAGAGACAAUAUGUUGAGUUACAGUAAUGCAUACACACCUGCAUAUGUGUUAUUCAACAAGCAAUGACAUUUUCAGCACAAAUGGAUGGAUACUUGGACUCCUGAGGAUAAUUACAAGAAAAAAGCAGACGUCGUAACUACAAAUAUAUCUAUGUGAAGAUGUCUCCAGGGCUCUUUGGAGUGAUUUUGGUCAAUGCAAUGAUUGUGGGUAUAUGUGAACCAACUCAGUCUUGGUCAGACAGGGAGGAUAGAGGAUUAUUGCAGGAUUCGCCUGAAUCAAAUAUUCUGCUCCAUGAAGAUGCAGUGUACCAGUUUGUGAACACAUCUUUCAGUUUUGAACAAGCUUUGCGUUACUGCAGUGGUCAGUUCAGCACCCUCACAACCAAAGGGGUUAAACAGGAUGAGACGGGGGUCCAGCAGCUGCUCUCUAAAUCCAACCUGACGGGCCCCAUUUGGUUUGACAAGAGACAGAAACCGACUGCCCAUCCGGCCUUUUCCAGACAAACAUCAGUCCUCCCAGGCUUAUCUUUCCAGUCUAAGGAUGGCUUUGCCCGUUUAAACACUUCUUUUCCAUCGCUAUCAGCAGUGAGUGUGUGCAUGCGCUUGCAGUGGGAUCCGCGGCACAAGAACAUCUCCACUGUGUUCUCUUACGCAGCACCUGUUUUCAUCAAUGAAUUUCAGCUGCGCGGACAGAUAGACGAGUCAAAAGAAAAGAAAUCACCAAAUAAAGUCAGACUAGCGCUUCUCAUUAAAGGACAACACAACCCUUACAAAGCUGAGCUCCCCCUUGAUAAAGACUGGCACCACAUUUGCACCACCUGGCGUGCAAUUGAUGGAUUUUGGGCUAUUUAUGUGGAUGGAAAAGAGGGCGAUUCAGCUAAGGAAAAGAUACGGACAGCUAGUCCCAAGGACAUCGACGGAGAAGGGAUAUUUAUAGUGGGGCAAGACCAGGACACCUUUGGUGGGACAUUUACCGAGCCGUUUGUGGGGAACUUGACUGAUUUGAACGUUUGGGAUGUAGCUCUGGAGUUAAAACAGGUGCAAGUGCUGAAUGCAUGUUUACCACUGACCAAUCUCAGAGCGAUCUUUAGAUGGCAGGACUGGAACCUCACUGUCAAUUCAUCUGUCAAGAAUGUGUCUGCAACGCUGAACUGUCCAGGGCCAACGCAGAUAAAUAAAGAGGAAUGUGAAGUUUUUACUGACUGGUCAGAUGAUCAUGCUCAGUACAGGAUUGUCCCCUGCACACAAACACACCCUUUCAUCUGCACAAUCAACAAAGAACGCUAUCUGAAGAUGAAGGAACUGCGAGAAUCAAUGAGUUCCAACCCAAGCCCCUUCAUGCAACAUCUUAUGCGGCUUGGCAUGACCACAGAGGAUAUACUAUCGGAUACUGUAGAUGGGCAGAGUUGGAACUCAGUUUCCCGUCUGUUAAACUUGUCUGAGCAGGCUGUUUUAAAGGAACAGAAAAAACUGGAGGGCAGGGACAUGAUCUCUCUUAUCCAUGUGCUUUCUCGUGCCGCUGAUCUGUCCAGUACAGCCAACCGGAGCCGCCGUGAUGCAGAGAAACUCAGCCAGAGCUUCAUUACCCUGGCAGAUUCACUCAUCAGUCAGGACAAUGCCAGCAAAUGGGACAGCAUCAAAGAGGUAGUGAAGGGUCCGAUGGCUGUGAUACACACUGUAGACCGCAUGAUGAGCAACCUCAAAUCUCUGCUCAUGGAGGACACAGACAGUGUGCAGUUACACAGCCAGCAUAUCAAGUUGCAGGUCCAACAGAAGAAUCUCUCUGAACGUUCUGAAAGUUCUGAUGCUUCUGUGUUUUGCGGGUCAGAUAUGGGAAAUCGUGACUGCAUCUCUGUACCAGCUGAAAAUAUGAAGGAACUUCAGAACAGGGGCUUCAAAAAGGUGACUUUGUUGAAUACAUGGUACAGCACUGUGAAAUGCCUUUCAGAAAGAGAGGAGAACAUUACCUUUGCUCCUAUAGUCACGGAUGGCCACCUCAGGUAUCGGGGAACAGUCUUGGGUUCGUCAAUCAUCUCCAGUACAGUGUUGGGAGAUGGACAGCCAAUCAGCAUGACCAUUCACUUCACACUCCAGCACAGUGUGAGUCAGAACUCUUCAGUGAAAAUAACACCCACCUGUGCUUUUUGGGAUUUUGACCUGAUGCCAGAUGGGGGAGGGUGGUCAACAAAGGGCUGUGCCGUCAUUUCCACUCAGGAUAACUCUACUUCCUGUUACUGUAACCACACUACAAACUUUGCAAUGCUGUUGCUGAUAUAUGAAGUCCAUUGGAGUACACAAGAUGAGAUGAGCCUGCAGAUCUUUAGUUUGAUUAGCUCUGGGGUGUCUCUAUGUGGACUGAUCCUCACAUUGAUUCUCUUUGUUGCUGUUGGUGUUCCAAAGUCAGAUCGCAUUACAGUUCACAAAAACCUGAUCGUGGCACUGGCUGUAGCUCAGUUACUGUUAAUUUCCAGCGACUGGGCUGCUGGAAACCAGGAAGCCUGUUGGCUGGUGACAGCACUCCUUCAUCUGUUUUACCUGUCGUCUUUCUGCUGGAUGCUGGUGGAGGGGUUACUGCUCUGGAGUAAAGUUGUGUCAGUUAACAUCAGUGAGGAGAGGAGAAUGAAGCUUUACUACGUGCUGGGCUGGGGGCUGCCAGUUGCUAUAGUUGCUAUAACUUUGGCGGCCUCAUUGAACCAGUACAAAUCAGAGAAGUACUGCUGGCUGAACAUUCAGUCACAUGUCAUUUGGGCUUUUGCAGGGCCCGUGAUCUUUGUUUUGGCUGUCAAUUUUGUGGUGCUUUGUAGGGUUGUCAUGGUUACAGUGGCCAGUGCACGCCGCAGAGCAAAAAUGCUGACGCCCAGCUCUGAUUCAAAACUUCAAACACUGGAUCUUACAUGGGCAGCAACGCGUCCAGUGCUGAUCUUGUUGCCAGUGUUAGGUCUGACCUGGCUGUGUGGUGUGUUGCAACACUUAUCUGUUGUUCUGGUUUAUCUGUUCAUCACACUCAAUGCUUUUCAGGGCCUGUACAUUUUUUUGGUGUAUGCAGUUUACAACAGUGAGGUGCGGAGCGCUAUAAGAAGAAUUCAGGAGAAACGGAAAGCCUUGUCAUUUACAAACUGCUCUCAGCCUGCCAGCUUCUUGCCCUCUCAAAAAUCUGCCAGUGGCUCAUGGGUUCACAGCCUGCCAACUCAGUCCAGUCGAGAGAGCAGUGAGAGCGGCACUCCCAUCACCAGCUCCACAGUCAACUCUCUCGUCUUUAAGAACGAGCGUUUUAAAGAUGAAAGCACUGUGAGUUUCACAUUAAAACAAGCCAACGAAAGUCAGGUGGUUCAGCUGACAGCCUUUAAGCCCUCAGACUGUUAAAGAGAAGACUACGCUACACAGGCUCAAGCCAUAUCCUGGGAUGAAGACAUAACUCCAUAUGUGGUGCAACACGCACGCACACACACACACACGCACACACACACUCACUCACUCACACAGAGCAGCUUGAGAAAGCUCUGCCUCCCCCACAGUUCUCCGGCUCUAUCAUUCCCAGGGCUGAAUCUCUCUAAAACAUUAAACAAGUCUUUUAGCAACUGUUCAUAAGGCUGCACCCAGCAGGGCACAUAAAGACCUCUCAGUGUCACGUGUUUGCAUUUUAGAUGUCUUGAUAAUGUUGCAUAUGUUGUGGCACAGCACAGAAGCUCAUAGAACUAAGAAUGGAGCAUCAUUUUCACAUUGUUAAUCAUGACCAGACAACAGAAUUAUGUUGUUAGUGAUUGUCAGUGGACUGUGCAAAAUAUCACUAUAUCAUUUCAAACUGUAUACAACAUUACAGUGUUAAAAACACCUUAUUUAAUUUUUUAUAAAAAAAGACUUUAGGUCUAUGCUCGAAUGCUCCAAAUGUACUUGUUUGACACUAUGUGAACAUUGUCUUAUCACAACAAACAAAUGACGUCAAGCAUUUUCAACAUUUAAUCACAUGCAGGAUAUGAAUUAUAGAUAUCUGUAAUUAAGUUUUCACUAGCAAUGGAAUUACUACUAGUAAACAUGUUAAUUCUUGAAUUCUUAAUUCUAUCAAAAGUGACGUCAUUACUCAAGGAAAUACAUAUUUUUUUAUAUAUAUAUCAAAAACUGAUUUUUUUAUAUCAAUAUUACAUUGUUACAAGUGCAAAUGCCUAUUCCCUGAUAUAAAAAAUGAAAUUACAACCAGUAUUUUUAAGUAUAUUUUUAACUAAGGUUAACAUUUUUGUUUGUCACUUGCAGCAAUGUUCAUUUCAGAUAUAUUUAAUGUUAUUGUAGCUAGUAAGAAAG